AUGGCCAUCUCUGCGAUCUUAGCAUCCUUGUUUGUGUUGUUCAGUGUUGGCACUGCCAGCGCUAGAUCGUGUUCAUCACUGCCUAACCCUCUCCCGUUCCCCACAGAUCUGCCGAUCAUUGAAGCUCUACCCAAUCCAUUCAAGUUUUUUAAUAAUGAAUCAGUCCGUUCUCCCGAGGAUUGGGAAUGUCGCCGGGCGGAAUUGAAGACACUUGUCCAAGAGUAUAUGUACGGGUAUUAUCCCAACCAUUCCCUGGAGCACGUCACGGCUACAAGAAAUGGUAGCCAAAUCACGAUCAACAUUUCCGUCGGCGAAAAUUCGACCUCGUUCGGAGCGACACUGUCGAUGCCGACGAGCGUUAAUGCCACGCCAAAAGCUCCUGUGCCAGUCGUGAUCAGUACGGAUCCUGUGAAUAACACGGUCUUCUUAGGCUCAGGCAUUGCUUUGGCGACGUUCAGCGUCAAUGAUGUUGCUGCCGACAACAUUGUCCCAGGAGGAGCAUUCUGGGACUUGUAUUCCGGUCGAGACAUUGGUGUUAUCACCGCGUGGGGUUGGGGCUUCCAUCGCGUUUUGGAUGCGAUUGAACAAGUAGCACCUGAGCUGGACGCAAAACGCGUCGGCGCCAUUGGUUGUAGCCGUGAUGGCAAGGCUGCUCUUGCUGCUGGUAUAUUCGAUGAACGCAUUACCCUUACUAUGCCUAUGUCCAGUGGAGCAGAGGGCAUUGCACCCUGGCGAUUCCAGUUCCAAGAACUCGGCGAGAACGAGAAGAUCACGAAUAUCACUGGUGCAUUCCCCUAUUGGAUGAACAAGAAUUUGAUCAACUUUGUCAACAACACACACCAAAUUCCGUUCGAUGCUCACUUGAACGCGGCCUUGGUUGCUCCCCGUGCAAUCAUCUGGGAUGAAGGAGAAACUGAUUACUGGACCAACCCGGAAGGCGAGGCCAGAGUGACAUUCAUAGGUGCCAAGCCGGUCUUUGAAUUCCUCGGUGUAGGCGAUAAAGUCGGGGUUGCAAUUCGCGACAGUUUUCACUGUGAUAUCUUCGGAUAUACAAACAUCCAGGCAUUCAUGCUGAACCAGUUCUUUGGAACUCCCACGGAUCGGAAUUACUCCGAUAUUUCCCCUUACACUCUCUUCCCUUCCGCCUACCCAUGGCUCAACGACGUCCCCGGAAAUAACCACUGA